AUGAAUGACAUUACUUAUUAUUUAGACCAAAAUCAAACUAUAGGACAAGUAAUACUCGAUUGUCACGGUCGUGCUUGUCCAAAAUGUAAAAGGUGUUGUGAUUGGAAGAAUGGUGUGAAGCGUGGUGAUGCUACUUGCUAUCGUGUUGGUCUUGGCCCUGGUCAUACAGGUUACUGUGAUUGUGUUGGUCAUUGUUGUUGUGGUUAUAAUGGUUAUAAUUAUCAUCCUUAUACCGAUGUGUGUUGUUCUGCAGAGAACAAAUUAGACACUCUUGAAACUUUUACCCGGCUCCUUAAUUUAAUCAAACAUUAA